AUGUCCUUCCAACAGAACGCGUAUGUGCUCGGCGUGGGUCUCACGCAAUUUAUAAAGCCCCGAGGGCUACGCGCCUAUCCUGAGUUAGGCUUUGAAGCUGGCACCAAAGCUCUGCUCGAUGCCCACAUCACAUACGACGAUGUGCAGACCGGAGUGGCGUGCUACUGCUAUGGCGACACCACUUCUGGCCAGCGCAUCUUCUAUCAGUUCGGCAUGACCAAUAUCCCCAUAUACAACACUAACAAUGCCUGUGCAACGGGAUCUACAGGCCUGCAACUCGCGCGGACGCUGGUCCGAGGUGGCAUCGUGGACGUCGUACUGGUGAUUGGGUUUGAGACCAUGAAACCCGGACCCAUUAAGGGUAUCUGGGAUGAUAGACCGAGUCCCAUGGGCCUGGAGACCAGGUUGAUGGAGGAGACGAGGGGAAAGCAUGAUACUCCGAAAAAUGCGCAGUUCUUCGCCAAUGCUGGAAGAGAGUACAUGGAGAAAUACGGGGCCUCAGCCCGCGACUUCGCCGAAAUCGCCCGCAUCUCGCACGAGCACUCUUCGCGGAAUCCCUAUGCCCAAUUCAACACCGUCUACACCCUCGAAGAGAUCGAAAAGUCGCCCAUGAUCCACUAUCCACUGACGAAACUCCAAUGCUCGCCCACGUCGGACGGCGCCGGGGCAGCCGUUAUCGUUUCUCAGCGCUUCCUCGACUCGCGACCUGAACUCAAGUCUCACGCCAUCCUAAUGGCCGGACAAGCACUUAUGACGGAUUCUCCCGCCCUGUUCUCGCGCUCAGCAAUUGACCUCGUGGGCUACGACAUGACUAAACGCGCAGCCAAAGCUGCGCUGGAGGAAGCAGGCGUGUCCGCCCGAGACAUCAAAGUGUGCGAAUUGCACGACUGCUUCUCCGCCAACGAACUGAUUCUGCUGGAGGGCCUGGGGCUCUGUGAUCAAGGAAAGGCGCAUCUUAUGGUGAGGAAUGGGGAUAUCACGUACGGCGGCAAAGGGCCGAUUAUAAAUCCUUCUGGAGGACUGAUUUCAAAGGGCCAUCCGCUAGGAGCGACCGGCCUCGCCCAAUGUGCCGAGCUCGCGUGGCAGUUGCGCGGCUGGGCGAACAACGGCCGUCUAGUCAAGGACAUCGACGUCGCCUUGCAGCACAACCUGGGCCUCGGCGGCGCCGUGGUGGUCACCGUGUACAAGCGCGCCGACAGGCGGAAGAACACGGACGUCAAGGAGAGCGAUGCCCAGAUCGCCCAGAUGAGCGGCCUCGGCUAUAAUCCCGCCGUCGAGGCCAGAGGGGUCAGCUUGGGCGACUUCGAGAAGGUCAGGAGCAAGAAGGCAAAAUGUGAAUAUGCUCUGGGCGAGACGGCCGAGAAGUUGCAGGCUAGAUUGUGA